AUGGAUAGCUACUCCGACCUAAGAUCCGUUCUUGCUGAUCGUCUCACAGAAGCAUUCCGCUUUGGCUUUGGAGCAACUCCCUUCGCCAUUGGAGGUAUUAUUUUUUUAUUACCUACAAAGUUUUUUCUGUUUUCCGACCACCUGAGAUAUCUGUACUCUCAAAAGAAAUUCAAAUCUAGGCAUGCUAGGUGGGUUGAGUUCAUUAACGAGUACUCUUUUUUUCUCAAACAUCGUUCUGGUGUAGAGAAUAAGGUAGCUGAUGCUCUUAGUAGGGUACUUACUGUCCUUCAGAUGAUGAGUGCACAGGUGAUAGGUUUUGAUAGGAUGAAGGAUGAGUAUUCUACUUGUCCUGAUUUUGGUCUCAUUUCUCAGGAGGAAAUGCAUGCAGGUGGACUUGCUGGUCAUUAUGGAAGGGAUUUGACUAUCGCUCUAGUUGAAGAUAGGUUUGAUUGGCCAUCUCUAUCUCUAAAGAAGGAUGUUUCUAGGAUUGUUUCACAGUGUCGCACCUGUCAGUUGGCUAAGGCCAAGAAAAACGACACUGCUUUGUACACCCCUCUGCUUAUUCCACACACACCCUGGAGAGAU